AUGAAUAUGGAUAAAAAAAAUAUUUCUCCAGAAAACUCAAGGAAUAGUUCAAUUGAAGCUCCAGAUCAAAUUUAUACUCUAGCUGAUGUCACACCCAAAUUGGAAAAAAUAUGGUUUCGGUACCCGUGGUUGUUGCAAUUAAAUAUUUUUCUCUUGGGAGGAAUUUUGGCUCAAGUUACGUCGGGAUACGAUGGUAGUAUGAUGAAUAAUUUGCAGACACUUCCAAGCUGGAGAGAGUACUUUGAUCAGCCUACCGGGAGUCGAUUGAGUACCAUGGCUAAUGGAGUUGCAAUUGGUACAUUGAUCUCGAUUCCGUUUACUUGGUUUGUAUGCGACUACUUGGGAAGAAGGUUGACUGUUAUGUUCGGUUGUGUUGUUGUCAUUAUAGGUGCCGCAUUACAAGGUGGUGCAGUGAAUUUUGGAAUGUUUACUGCCUCAAGAGUCCUACUUGGUGUUGGGUCAUGCUUUGCAUCGGCAGCAGCUUCACCUUUGUUGGCAGAGACUUCAUUUCCAUCCCAGAGGCCAGUUGUGACAGCCUUAUUGUUGGCAUCAUGGCCUCUUGGUUCUUUUGUUGCUGCAUUAGUGACUUGGGGUCCAUAUCAUUCAAGCAUGAAAUAUAAUAACUGGUCUUGGAGAAUUCCAUCCAUCUUACAGUGUGCUUUUCCUGCUCUUGAAUUAGUUCUUGCGUUUUUUGGGCCAGAGUCGCCAAGAUGGUUGAUUAGCAAGGGUAGAAGUGAUGAAGCAGAGAAGUUUUUCAUCAAGUACCAUGCUGGCGGGGAUGCAAGCAGUCCAUUAGUCAAUUUCGAGAUGGCUGAAAUCAAGGCAAUUAUCGAACAAGAGGAAAUGCAAAAGAGGAGUAAAUGGAGUGAAUGGUUCAGGUCUAAGCAACGUCUUCGUAGGUUAUUUAUUGUUCUAGCUGUCCCAGCUAUGGCACAACUUUGUGGAAACGCACUUAUCUCAUAUUACUUACAAAUAGUCUUGACCAAUAUUGGCAUCACCGAGACGAACGACCAGCUUAAAAUCAAUAUUGGUAUGACUGUCUAUGGUUUAGUCUGGUCCGUUGGUUGCGCAACAUUUGUUGAUAAGUUCAAACGUAAGAAAACUUUUAUCGGAGGCUACAUCCUUAUGUGUAUUACUUAUGUAAUUUGGACCAUAUUAUCUGCAAUUAAUCAGGAGCAUGAUUUCAAAAAUAAGGGCUUAGGAAGAGGCGUCGUUGCUAUGAUCUAUCUUUUCCUGGGAUUUUAUCACAUUGUAUCACCUGUAUCUAUGACUUAUGUUAUGGAAGUGUGUCCAUUCCAUUUGAGAGCUCAAGGGGCGACUCUCUAUCAACUAUCUGGAAAUGUGGUCGGUUUCUUCAAUAAUUAUGUGAACAAUAUUGCAAUGGUUGCAAUAACUUGGAAAUACUACAUUGUAUGGUGUAUAUGGUUAGUUGUUCAAAUGAAUAUUGUAUAUUGGAUAUUCCCAGAAACUAAGGGUCUUGGUUUGGAAGAAGUUGCUCAAGUGUUUGGAGAAGAUGUGACCGUGGGAUACAAAGCUGGUGAUCGUGCUCUUGAAUAUGGUCUAGAUGAAGAAAACAAGGGAGGUGUAUCUGUUACACAUCUUGAAGAAAAACUUGAUCAGAACAAGAGUCUUGCAUAA